UUGCGCGCUGGAAGCCUCGCGAGAGUUGGCCCGGCCGGCUGCCCUUGAGCUCGCCGCGGCGCGGAAGGGUCUGCCCGUGCACUGCCCGGCGCAGCCAUGGCCCAGUGGCUCCUCCGGGCCUACGAUGAGAUCCCCGACGGCACCCAGUGUCACCGCAAGACCUACAUCACCACUGCGUUCGGCGGCCUCAUCGGCGCCAUAGGCUCAGCCUACAGCGUCGUUCUCAACCCUGCAGACACCCACCUGGAAGCAGUGGCCAGGGCUGGCCGGUACACGUUCACUGCAGCUGCUGUCGGAGCUAUGUUUGGCCUCGCCACCUGUGUCAGUGCCCAGGUCCGUGAGAAGCCAGAUGACCCCCUGAACUACUUCAUUGGAGGCUGCGCUGCAGGCCUGACCCUGGGAGCGCGCACUCACAACUACGGGACUGCAGCUACAGGCUGCGUAUACAUGGGCACCGCAGCCGCCCUGUUCAAGAUGGGAAAGCUGGAAGGCUGGGAGUUCUUCGCCAGCCCCAAGGUGUGAGUGGAACCCUGCAGCAAAUAAACACCGUGUGUCCCUGUG